CAUUUUAAUUUGAGUUGGAAAUGAGAAUGGAGUGACCAUCGGUCUUAUGUAAAAUAUUUCGGAAUAUUGUGGUGUUGCAAUGAUUGUGCACUUGUGUUUACACACUAUUCUUGCUAAGAGACUUAGAUUUAGGUUAGCAGGUUGGAAGUGAAACAGAUUGAUAAAAUAUCAUACUUUUGUGUGUGAAAAGACUUGUAUCAAGAUGUCGGCUGAAGCUGCAGAGGACUACUUAUCAUCGUUAAGUGAUCUCACCAUCAAUAGCAAGCCCCUCAUAAAUAUGCUCACGAUGCUCGCCGAAGAAAAUAUCGACCAUGCGGCAGCAAUCGUCCAGGCAGUGGAGCAACAUCUUCAAAAGGUUCAACCUAGCAUCAAACUACCUGUGCUGUACCUCAUAGAUUCUAUAGUGAAGAAUGUCGGUGGCGCGUACAUAAAUUUGUUCACGCAAAACAUUGUGUCAACCUUCUGCGGUGUAUUUGAAAAGGUUGACGAGCGGGUUCGGGAGAACAUGUUCAAGCUCCGGAUGACGUGGAACGAAGUGUUCCCGGCCAAGAAGCUGUACGCCCUGGAUGUGCGAGUGUCGUCCAUGGACCCGGCGUGGCCGGUGAUGCCGCCUCCCGUCUCCGCCCCCAUCAUCCACAUCAACCGCAAGUUUCUCAACAUGACCACGACGACAACAGCCACUGCUUCCAACGUCGCCACCACCUCUCCAGCUAGGGGCAAAUCCACCACGACCGUGGUGACUGCUUCGAAGCUGUCCCCUGCUCCCAGCGCGUCCAGCGGCGAGCCAGACAUGAGGGCCAUGCUGCUCAAGAAGCAGAAGGAGUUCCUGGAACUCCAGCAGAAGAAGCUGGAGCUGGAGCUGUUGCAGACGAAAGCCAAGCUGGAAGAACAGCAGAAAGCCCUGGAGAAGCAGACCCACGGCCAGUUGCCUCCACCAGUUGGUGCGGGCUCAGGGUCUCAAGAGACGGGCAAACCGGCAAAAACGAAAGCUGCGGGCCCUAAAUUGUCAGGGGCGUCCACUGGCAAAAAGCAGGCACCUUUGGGUGGUGCCAAGUCCACAAAGAGUUCUGCGUCAGCUGCAAUGGUGCAAACAGCGCCUCUUUUGAAAGUGAAGACUGAUGAGAAGCAUGUCGUCACACCUGUAGCUCGGUCUCGCGACCCACGCUUAGCUGGUCGACAGAUGCCUCCCAUUGGCGAUGACAAGAUUUCAAAGCCAAAUUCUGUUGUUUCUAACAUUAAACGAAUAGAAUCUGCUACACCUAAACCUCUAAUAAAGGAAAACCCUCCUAGUGCUGGCUUGUUAAAUAAAGAAUCAAAGGUAAUCAGUAGGAAAGACCCUCGUUUGAGAACUAAUAAAGUUUUACAAAGCAUGGUGUCUACAACCAAUAGCAAAGGGGACUUGACUUCAAUGCAUAGUGAUAGCAGUACUCACACUGUUACAGUUCCAUAUUGCCCAUCUCCCACUCCUUUCUCUCAACUGGAGAAGUCCACUUCAUCACGAAAAAUUGUAAGUGGUAAGGUUGACAAGUCUUUUAAAACUGACUCUAGUAAAGCUGUUGAUCGGAAGGAGGAAAACCCCGGUAAGACAACUACCACAGAGUCUUCUAAGAGUUCUCCUCCUUCCAAGAAAAAGAUGUUGGAGAAAAGGAAAGAUGAUAAAUUGACAGUUAGUGUGAAUAAAGAAAUGAGCAAUGCUAAUCGUCAGGGUAGGAGUCCAGUAAGAAGAAAGAGUCCUAUGCUGAAAACUUCUCAAAGAUCAAAAAGUCCUGCUUCUAAGAAAAGUCCUCAAAGGAGUAGCCCUCUAAGAUCUAAAAGCCCUCGAAGGACAAAAAGUCCUUCUAGAUCCAAAAGUCCUACAAGGUCUAAAAGCCCAAUAAAGUCCAAAAGUCCCAUGAGGUCUAAAAGCCCAAUGAAGUCCAAUAGCCCCACUAGGUCCAAAAGUCCUAAUAGAUCCAAAAGCCCCACAAGGUCAAAAAGUCCUUCAUCAAAGAGUUCUGCAAGAUCAAAAAGUCCUCAGAAGUCUAAAAGUUCUUUCAUCAAUAAACCUAAAAGUCCUCAAAAAUCUGGUAGUCCUGUGGGAGUAAAGACAUCAACGAUUAAGAAUAAAAGUAUUUCUAAAUUAGAAAGUGCUAGAGUAAGUCCCUUGUUUAGAUCAGAAAGUCCAACAUCAAAGUUCAAAACUUCCUCACAGCAAUCAAAAAGCCCACCCCAAAUUCCUAGAACUACGGUAGAAACAAACAUGAAUGUGUUUUCUAGUAGCAAAAGUGUCCAUAGGUCUAGUCCUGUUCCUAGAACAGCAAGUCCCGUUGAAACCAGAAAAACUCAAAGACCAGACAGUCCUGUCCCCAACCUGAAACCUUCUGUUUUGAAGGUAAGCACAGUCUCUCCCAGCAAAAGCCCCCAAAGAAAGAAAAGCCCAGAGCCCAGUAGUCCACAGAGGCCUCCCGUUGAAACUAACGAGCUAGCAAAAAGCGCCGCAGAGGACCGGAGGCCGCCACAGCUACACAGCGGCCACAAAAACAGUCUGUUCGACAGCUCCGACAGCGAUUCGUCCACAUCGUCACUUUCAAAGUUUGAAGGUGAUGGCCGCAAGGGUUCCCGUGCUGCGCUUUUCAAGGAAAAGAAGUCUGCAAGAAAGAGUCGGCACUAUCGAGAGAGAGCCAGCUCGAGGAGUCCAGAAUUGUGCCUCUCCUCAUCAACUGGGGACGUCGACCUUCGUCAAGGCGGGCCUCCGCAGAAACUGGCACGUUUAGCGACGUUCCAAGCUGAUGUCAAGAUGGUGCCCUCGCCUGUAAUUAAAGAAGAGGAAAAAAGUCCUCUGAUUGAAGCGACAACAAAAGACGUGGACUUGCGCCAGUUGCCGGGAACUCCCAGCAAGAAGAGGCCUUCCUUGGACGGAGCAGACCAGCCGCAAGUGAAGAAGUCCAAAGCGGAAAUAUUGGAUGUGUUGUUCGGGUUCGGUGGGGAAGACGUGGACUUGCGACAGCUGCCGUCGACCGUCCACGUGGGCGCGUCGCCUCCUUCGGCGGAGCGGCCGGACCUCGACGACCGCGCGAAGGAGAACGAGCCCGGCGACAACACGGAGGGCUGGGCCAAGUACAAGGAGCUGAAGCCGGACGCCUUCAAGUCGCCGCGCCCGUUCGGGAUGUUCAACCGCGACGUGAGGGACAGGCAGAAGCUGCAGAACUCCUCGCUCCCGUUGGAGUCGCCUGCUGCGAACCUGGGGCAGUCGGCGCUGCUCGACAGAUUGGGACGUCCCCUGCUCUACAACGAUCCCAAGCGAAGGCCAUCGGUGAACUCGCCUCUGUCGCCCCUGCCGGAGAUGGACACAGACAUGCGGCACCCGGGCAUCUUGAGCAGGGACGCUUUUGACAGCAUCGACCGGGGGUUCAACUUCGACCUCAUCGUGGCCCAGGCCGACGAACAGCUGAACAACGGCACACUUUCCUCCACCGAGUACAACAAACUUCUGCAGCAGAUGAUUCAAUUGAACGAGACUCAUAAAUUGCGAGAGGCCCAACGCAGAGAUGAACAAGAGAAACAGACGUGGGAGAAAAGGCGGCAGAAGAAAAAGAGAUAUGAAAACGGCAGCAAGCUAGCAGACGACACCAGUCCCGUGUCCAGUCCUGAAAGCUUCUCGGACGACCCUGAAGAUCAUGAGGCUAGCACUGGGUUCGUGCCGCCUGCCAACUCGAGGUUCGGCGACAUAGACGAGAGGUUCCAGUCGCUGGUGAAGCUUCGGUUGCCUCCGGCCAGUACUCCCUUGGUGGAGAGGCCGGCAUCCUCGCAGCAGUGGCCCGAGGCGGCCCCUGCCCCGGCCCCGGCAGCCCCCUCCGGCGUCCCGUCUCCCCCCUCUGGGGCCCCGCCUCCCCCUCCUCCCCCCCUGCGCUGGGAGUCCCCGGUCCCGUGGCGCCUGCCUCCGCGUCUGGCCCCCCCGCUGCACGUGCUGCCUCCCGGGGGCUUCCAUCGGCCCCUCGCCCCUGGGAGCUUCGGCCCGUCCCGGUGGAGGUCCCCGUACGCCGGCCGUUCCUUCGACACAGACCCCGAGAGCAGGUUCGAUCGCUACGGGGGGCGGGGCACCGGUCGCUUCCCGCGGCUGCCCCUGCACACCCAGAUGAUGCAGCACCCGCCCCCGAGCCUGCCGCUGCACUCUCACCACCACGCUCACCUGCUGAGCAGGGAGCAGGAGCUGCCGCCCGCCGACCCCAUGAUCCUGGACCUCAUCGCGCAGGACUCGAUGCGCACCAUCGCCAUCGACGCCGUGCCCCGAGACAUCCGCUUCUACGGCGACACGGCGGUCGUCAUCCUGACCUGGGACAACCCGCGCGAGAUCAGCUUCCAGGCCGGCUCCCGCAGGGUCACCUUCGACGACCGGGAGUCCUUCGUGUGCACGUUCAACUCCAGCUACCGGGAGGUCAUCCUGGACGGCAACAAGCACAGAAUACGCCUGGGAGCUCCCACUCGCGAACUGUACAUUGACGGCAAGUGGUACGAGUGCUUCUUCGGGGGGCCGCCAGUCAAAGUUGAGUUGAAUGGGAAGCUGCACUCUGUGAAGCUGGAGGGGCCGGUGCCCCAGGUGAGGAUCGGCGGGAACCGUCUCGACUUGGUCGCUGGCAAGGUCAACUUGAUUAUUGACGCCCGCUCGAUGGUGCCGAUAUUCCUCGAUGCGAAGCCACAGCGGUUCGACAUAGAGGGAAUACCUCACAUCCUUCGCUUCGCAGAUGCCUUGCGCACGGUGCUGAUAAACGGCCAGCCGUUGGACGUUGAGUUUGGAGGCUUGCCAAAGCCCAUCGUCGUGGACGGCAAGAAACACUUCCUGAGGCUGUCGAUGCUGCCGAAGGGCGUGGUGCCAGGCUACGCCAAGAUCGUGAGCAUGGAAGGCAUCUGCCUGCCCUCCCCGCCUCACCCUCCAGAUGACGACAGCAACAGCAUGGGCUUCGCCGAAGAAUCGUCGAACGACGCCGCGAAGUUCAGUCAAGGCCACGAGCCAGCACUCCCCAUCUUGAGAAACUUGGGAGAUUCGCAUGGCAGGCACGGGUUGCGUCGCCGUCUUGACAAGGAGCACGAGGGUCGCAACUCUCCGUUGUUGAGAGACAGGGAUGGUGCAGCCGGCUCCAUGCUUCACCCACACGCUCACCCACCAAUCAGGAGCAGGCCCGCUGGCCAGCUGCCCCUGGAGCUGCUGACGAGCCUGAUGCCGGGCACGCUGUCUGCCCCGGUGUCUGCCUGCAGCUACCAGGUGGAGCCCGAGUCCCAGGACGGCCACUCGCAGAAGGAGGUGGCGGACGCCCCUGCCGGUGCUGCGGUGGCAUCCACCGCCACGAGCAAAGCUGCGGGCAUCCCGUUCUUGCCCACCGACAUCAACGUGGAGGAGUUGUUCAAGAAGCUGGUGGCAACCGGGAUAGUUUCCACUGGCGUGGCCUCCCAGCCAGACAGCUCGGCUGCCGAAGCCAAGAAGGAGGAAGCAAGUGCCAUCAAAGAAAUCAACUUGAAACAGCCUGAGAGUUUGAAAGUGCGGCAGCCCGCGCUGACGACGCUCCUGUACUCGGGCAUCCAGUGCAGCUCCUGCGGGGUGCGCUUCUCGCCGGAGCAGACCAUGAAGUACAGCCAGCACCUGGACUGGCACUUCCGCCAGAACCGCCGGGACAGGGACAACACGCGCAAGGCCCAGAGCCGCAAGUGGUACUACGACGUGUCCGACUGGAUCCAGUUCGAGGAGAUCGAGGACCUGGAGGAGAGAGCCCAGAGCUGGUUUGAGUCGGAGCAGGCGGAAGGACGGCUUGAAGACAAAGAGGACCAGGAGGUUCCUAGCGUGCCGGCCGGAGAGAGCUUGGAAGACACCUUCUGCGACGUGUGCCACGACAAGUUCGAGCAGUUCUACAACGAGGAGCGGGAGGAGUGGCACCUGCGGGCAGCCGUCCGCGUGGACGGCAAAACCUACCACCCCAUCUGCUACGAGGAUUUCAAGGCAUCCCUGAAUAAAACGGUUGAAGAGUCCUCUGCGACGGAGGACGCGAAGGAGGAAGUGAGUGAGGCGGUGGCGGAAGAGGCUGCAGUCAAGGAAGAGGAGCCGAAGGUGCCAGUGCUAGAAGAACCACAGCCAGAGGCGGCCGAGGAAGAGCCAGCUCAAGACGCUGCGGAGAAGAAGGACGAGCCUGCGGAACAAUCUGCCGAGCUGGAGGAAGUGAGCGAGAAGGAAGAAUGCAUCAAGAUGGAAAUUGGGGAACAAGAAAAAAUUGAAGAAAUUGUGACUGAGGAAAUAGCUGCCAUAAAGUUGGAACCCUUGGACAGUGAAGAAGUUGCAGAAGAUGUGAAGCCAGACAUUUGUGUGAAAGAAGAGGUAGAUUCAAAUGAAGUUCCUUCAGAGGAGAAAAUGGAAGAAGACUACAUUAAGCCUGUGGCACCAGUUGCAGACACCACCCAUGUGUCGGUGGCUUGCUCAAUUGACGGUAACGUACAGUUUGAGGAUCAGGCGCAGCUGGCUACCACAGUCCCAGGUAAGAUUAAAAUCAACAUCACGAAACCAAUCAGCACCAAAGAAACACCUGCCGAGGCUGAAGUUGAACAAUCAAAGGACAAUAAGAAAGAAGCUACAAGCACUGUUGAAAAUAGUGAUGAGAUUGAAGCGGCCAUUUGCAAAGACCUGACAGAGAUGACAGAACCCCCACCACCUGGUGUCGGUCCAGAGCCGGUACACAUGAAGCCUUUGUUAGUUGGCCGCAAGCUGACUGAAUUCCCUAAAGUGCAGAAAGGUAAAGAACUAUCUGCAUUGUGCAGCAUUAUGUGAACUGUGAUUUGGGCAAAUGUUUAGCAGUGUGUUAUAAGUUUAAUAUGUUGACCAUGUAUAUAGCAUUUUAUUUGUACAAAUUUGUAAAUAGGUUUUUUGAAGAAAGCUAUUUUUGUUAUAAAAUUUGUGUCAGUUUCUUUCAGCUACCCAUGAAGAAAUCCUUUACACUCCAUUAAAGUAUUCCCUAGAAAAUGACCAUUGCUUAAAAAAAACAUUGUCUUAUUGUAUUAAAUUUGAUGAAUAAAAUCUAGAA